CACUGCGAGAUGAAUAACAAAUCAAUACAAGUGCAUUACUACUACGUGCGUUCUGGGCGAUUCUGAUAUGAUUCAACUUUGGUCUACUUCUCUAUAAAAGUACCUGCGUCGCGCUAACUUUUGGGUAGACACUGUUGGCAGAGUGUUAUGUUACAAAGCUACAGUCAAUGUUACCUAGAUCAAAUCUCAGCCCAAAUACGAGGAGUUGAAACAACUUUUGGACUCGAUCGUACAAUUCUACAUUCAGAUUACAGACACUGUAAGUUGCUGACACCAUGACAAUGAAGGCAGUAAGAAUUUCCAAAUUUGGAGGACCUGAGGAGCUUAAAGUGGAGUCUAUACCUAUACCCAAACCAGGCAAAGGACAGGUGCUGAUCAAGGUUUAUUUCAGUGGCGUAAACCCAGUGGACACAUACAUUCGAGCGGGUGGGUUCGGUCCAGUCACUUUUCCUAAAGUUCUUGGCAUGGACACUGCUGGAACAGUGGAAGAAGUUGGUGAAGGCGUGACGGAAUUUAAAAAAGGAGAUCGAGUCUAUACUACAGGGACAGUCACUGGGGGCUACGCUCAGUUUACUGUUGCAGACGUGAAGAAGACGUCACUCUUGGACAAAUCUUUGACGUUUGCUCAGGGUGCAGGCGUAGGCGUUCCUUACUAUACAGCAUGGAAGGCAAUUUACAUGAGGGCGCAAACAAAGCCUAAAGACCUUGUAUUAGUGCAUGGAGCUAGCGGAGCAGUUGGCCUCGCUGCUGUUCAGAUAGCCAAAGCCAAUGGUCUUCGCGUGAUCGGAACUGCUGGCACCAAAGAAGGCCUUGACCUUGUGCAGAAGCAAGGGGCGGAGGCAGUGUUUAAUCACAAAGAAGCAGAUUAUAUUGAUAAAAUUAAGAAAUACACUGAGGGUAAAGUUGACGUCAUUCUGGAGAUGUUGGCCAAUGUGAACUUAAACAAAGACCUUGACCUCUUGGGCCAUAGAGGACGAGUCGUGGUAGUCGGCAGCCGUGGUGAGAUCACCACUAACCCAGCCUUGACCAUGGGCAAAGAAAUAAGUAUCUUGGGAAUGGCCCUGAUGUCAAUCUCAGAUGAUGAAUGGCUAGAAUUGAAAUCGGCUGUCAAUGCGCUCCUACAGAAAGGUCACAUUAAGCCAAUCAUUGCCAAGGAAUACAAGCUGGAAGACGCUGGGCAGGCCCACAAAGACAUUAUUAGCAAUUCUGGUACUUUGGGAAAACUUGUAUUGGACACAUCAAAGUAGAACUUCAAUGAAACAAACACUAAUUUCUCCGAACCAAA